AUGAGGAGGUACACAGCUCAGAAAAUGCACGUGGUAGUGAUGAAAAGGACACGGAGACGUGUACGAUAUCGCAUGCAGGAAAGUGAACUAAUCGCGACUGAUCCGAGUAAAGAAAUUCGUCCGAGGAAAAUGAGUUUUAUGUAUUACAGACAGAAAGAACCCAAACCAAAGGCUAUCCCUGGUUAUGGGUUCGAGAAGAAAAAGGCGUCGGAGGUGCGAGAUAUUACAGAACGUCUAAGUCGCCCUACAUAUAACCGUCGACUGUCGGCCGACGAACCAACGCACCUGUAUAACUUCGACAGAAGCCGCGAAAGUAGUGCAUUAUUAAGAAAUCGCACGCCGUCUUCCUGUGGGCGACGUUCGGCACUCAGCUCGAGUGACCGUCAACGAAGUGCGACCCGUCGUCUCACGGAUCGAGAAAUGCAAAGACUCAUACGACGGCUCCAGAGACCUACCGAAAGUUUUGCGAUAGCUACAGCAGAACAAACGGACGAGCAGCAAGAUUUGAAACAAGGUCGUAUAACUCGGACGCCAUUAGCGGAGGAGCAAAUAGCAAAGACGGUCAGACGGCUACGCCGCCCGACUACGGCAACAAUGGCGAAAGAUAUUAACGAAUGUCAUUUGUGUUAUGAACACGAGAAUAAAAGACCUUCGGAUCCUCCUGACGCUUUCGAUUACGAUUAUAUAAUGGAUAAAUCCCUUCCUCCGGAAGAACUGGACUAUAUCGUCAGUCGCAUACGUGCGGAUACAUGCUCAAGUGCGCAUGGGCGUCGUUGUGUAAAGACACCAGCAACGGCCUACUUCGAUGAAGUGAAAGCGCGAGAAAAUCUCCCACUUCUCAGUGGAUUAGCUCGAAGUAGAAACGUCAAAGAAAUUACCAACAGACUUCAUCCCAAGCCUCGUUAUCGUUUAGUGCCCUCAGCUACACCUAUAACUGUUUAUUGA